AUGUCGGUUCUUACGGGUGCAAUUCGUGUGGCUGCUGCUUCGUCCGGUGCCCGCGCCAUGCUUAUGAAGCGUGCUGCCGUGCCUGCGGCUAUGCAGGCGCGUUCGUACUCGGCUCACCACGAGACGUACGAGGAGUUCAACGACCGCUACGUGAAGUUCUUUGAGGGUGUCGAGGACCAGUUUGAGGCGCAGCGUGGCCUCAACAACGCGUUUGCGCAGGACCUCGUGCCCUCGCCCGAGGUUAUCGAGAGCGCUCUGAAGGCCGCUCGCCGCGUGAACGACUUUUCGCUCGCUGUGCGCAUCUUUGAGGGCAUCAAGGCCAAGACGGAUAACGACAGCCAGUACAAGCAGUACCUCGACGUGCUCAAGCCCCUGCGUGAGGAGCUGGGUGUGCCGCUCAAGGAGGAGCUCUACUCUUCGUAG